AAUUCUUAUCACAACAGCAAGUAUCACAAACAUCAUUGCGAUAUGAUUUCAUUUAUGCUUAUCUGUGUAUGAAACUCUCCCAAUGGAAACUUUGAAACCGUCCUUAUAUUUGUAAACCGGAAGCGGAAGACGAUACCACCGACGUCAUUUUAGGAUAUUUUAGAAGUUAGGAACUGAGGUCGGCAGUUCUGUGGGAUUUCCUACAGUUUUACCACCUUGGCUUAAGUUGUGAAGUAUAAAAUAUCCACCCGAAGAUAAUUAAGCAAGAUUUCAUCAUGAGUGACUGUACUGUAAGUUCAAUUAUCCCCGAAAUCCGCGAGGAGACUGUUCCAUCCUCUCCAGAUGUUCAGAACGGUGACGAAAACGUGGUCUUAUCGUCUAUUCAAAACAUUCGACUGGACCAGUUAAAAGUUGAUGACGAAGCAAAUAGUAGUGUCUAUACGAGCGAAGAAGAAGGUGGUAGCAGAAAUGCGUCUGAUGAAAAUGAUCGUUCGAAAUCACCUGAGCCAGAAUUUAUCGCCCCAGACGAUGAACUACGUGACAAAAUCGUAAAACAAGUAGAGUUUUAUUUCUCAGAUGCAAAUAUUCUGAAGGAUGCUUUUCUUUUGAAACAUGUUCGAAGAAAUAAACAAGGAUAUGUUAGCAUUAAACUAAUUACAUCUUUCAAAAAAAUGAAAUCAUUAACAAAAGACUACCGAGUAGUUGCAUAUAGUUUAAGACUCUCUGAUAAGCUUGAUGUAAAUGAAGAGGGUAGAAAAGUACGCAGAAAAGAUCCACUUCCAGAGUAUGAUGAAACAAUACCAUCAAGGUCCAUUGUAGCUGUAAACCUACCAAUGGAAAAUCCAACUAUUGAAAAUGUGGCAGAAGUUUUUUCAAAAUGUGGAGAAGUUUCAUUGAUUAGAAUUCUACGUCCUGGAAAGACAAUUCCUCAAGACGUUAAGAAGCAUGCAAAUAAACAUCCUGAAAUAGGAACAACAACAUGUGCCGUAAUAGAAUUUGAAAAACAUGAACAUGCAAAAUUAGCUGUGGAAAGAUUGAACAAUACUGAUGAUUGGAGAAAAGGGAUGCGAGUUGUACUCCUUUCUGCUCAAAAGAAGAAAGAUAGAAAAGAUCAGAAUGGUCAAGGUAAUGAUACUGGAAAAGAAGAUGAUGAUGAAGAUUCAAAAAAACUAAAAAAGAGACGUGAACGACGAAAGAAAAACAGAAUUGAUGAACUUGCUAAAAACAAUGAUUCAUCUUGCUACAGUAGUGGCUCAGAGGUUGAAAGUUCAGGACGUGGUCGUCAGUCUCAUCAAAAGUCACUGAGCCCAAAUCAUUUAGACGUUAAUAAACUAAGUCCAGGUAAUUCUCCGAGAUCUAGUCCAAGGUCAAGUCCAAUGACUAGUCCAAGGAUGCAACGGAGUAAGUUUCAGCAUGGUAAAUCUCCAUUGGCAGAUAACAGUCCAAACUUGAGCCCUAGACAUAGUCCUAGGAGUAGUCCAGAAACUAGUCGCAAACAAUACACUGAUUACUCUUCAGGUGGGGAGGGUAGUCCAUCAAGUCCAUGGAUCCGUAGGAGGAUGUUAAAAGCUGCACAAGAAAAGAGUCCGCUAGCAUCAAAUGAAAGUAAUGGACCAAAACGCAUGCAUGACAUGGAAGGUGUGGUACGUCAACCUAAAGGACCUGAUGGAACUAUAGGAUUUCAUCUUGGUAGAGGAAAACCAAGAAGUAGUACAUUCUCAUAAUUGUUAUAACUUAUAGGCAUUACUAAAUGUUUAUUACAUGUACAAUGUAUUAAGGCCAAAUGAAAAAUAUUGAUACAGGAAAUAUCUCAAAACCAUUUAUUUUUUCUUACUCAAAAAAUUAUUAAGUAAAAUGUACAGUAAACAGUCUAUUUAUUUAACAAAUUUGGAAUUAAACACAAAUGAAGUAUUCGUUACAACUGAACAUGUAAACAAAGAAAUCUUGUAAAUGUCUUCACCAUUGAUGUACAUGUAGCUUUAAGUACAUUUUGUUAGUACAUACAUUUUUGAUUUGGUCUUAAACAAUAUUUAUUGUUAAACAUGUUAAGCUGUACAUGUCCUUGUCUUAGUUGUGAUUGAUUAUAUACAUGUAGAUGCAUUUGUUCAUAGAUUUUCACAUCUUCAUAAAAGUAAUAUUUUACAAAACAAGGGAGGUUUUAAUCUAAAGCCCGUUAUUAUUUGAAUUAAGAUUUCAAGUGCUGUCAUGGCUUUUGUGAUAGUUUAUAGUAUUGUUUGUCAUUUAAGAUAUGAAAUCAUGUACAUGUACAUUUGUAGAGCGAAGUCUUUUUCAAACUUUAUAUAUAUAGGGAGUCCUGUCAGUAAAUGUUAUAAUGAUUUUUCGCAGUAUUGUCUGUAAAUGAUAUUACGAGUUGCACAGUUAUGUCAUGUAUGUCUGUAAUUAUUAUCCUGAUUUUUUAUUGUCAAAGAUUUUUGGGUGUUUGGGUCAAAUAAUCUUAAAAUGAAAGAAUUGUGAUUUCUAAUUAGAAUUAGGCAUUUGUUUAUUUAUGUCUAAUUAACUUCUAUGCAUUAAUACUGUACAUGAUAAUGUAAACAGGUCUUUAAUUUGAAAAAUUACUUACUACUAUUAAAGUAAAUAAUUUGUGCCACAUGUACAAAUUUACAAAUUCAUGUACAUGUAUUUUUUGCAAAUAUCAUGAUUUGUUCACUAAGCGUGUCAAAACACUAAUCUAAUAAAAAUAAUCAAAUUGUUUCUGGAUGUCAACCAAUUGCUUCAACAAAUAAAUGUAAUUUAAUGUACACCUUAAUAUAAUUUUUAUACUACUACAUUGUAUAACUCAAUUAAUUAUGAUUAAAUUGACAGCUGUCAGUCAUUUUCUAGUAUAUAUAUAUUAUUUAUUCAAUAUUUGACAAGACCUUCUUUAAACCUAUUGGGAUUUAUCCAACAUUUUCCAAACUUUGAUAAAGAUUCAAAAUUACUUUAUAUAUAUACCUUUUAUAAAGAAAACUUCUCUUUAAAGAAUUUAAAUUUUUAUUUAAAACAUACUAGUAUUUUUCUAUAGCUAGCUAGCUCCUCAUAAUCAUAACUUAUGGUAUAGGGGAGACAACUUUGGUAACAUCAUAACAUGUAUUAAGUACAAAAUGUAUAUGAAGCUGUUUAAAUGAUAAAAGACUGAUAAAGUUACCCUAAUGUCAUAAGCUAGCAAUCAAACUGGAGUUGUUUUAUCAUUAUUUUUUUUAAAGAGUUUCAGGUUUUUUUACACAUUCAGUCAUGAAUUAAUAAAAAUGAACCCAAAAGUAUAUUUUUUUUAAGUUGUUUUAUUUUAUUAAGUUUAUAUAUUAACCAUGUUACCAUUUGUUUAAAUGUUUUUACCCAGCCAAACGUCAUGAGCAUACAUGUAUCUUGUUCUGGUUUUAAUGGGGUCAUGUUUUUUUUAAAUAUCUUUUACAUAAUCAGGAUGAUUUUAUAUGUUCAACUACAUUCUGUAUAUUUACUUUUAAAGAAUUGAUUUUCUCAGUUUUGGCCAAAUAUCUAUGUACAAAAUUCAUAUCACCUUAAACUUUGGUAAAAACUAUAACUGUCACCGAAAUUUUUUUUAAGAGCAUAUACUAGCAGACUGAUAUGACAUGAAAUGCCAGUAUUCUCUUCAAGCAUGUUUAAUAAUGGGAAAGACAUUUUAUUUUUUGUAACCAUUUUAAUUUCUUGACUUCACAUGUCUUUUUAUGUUCAUUUACAACGUUUAUUCAUGAAAUUACUUUAGUGUUAAAAAAAUGUAAUUGAAAUUAUCACUAGGUAUAUAUUGGCUAAGAACUUUAUCAAGGAUUUGCAACAAAAUUACACAUAUGUGUCAUAAUUAUAUAUAAGUGCUCUAAGAGAUACAUGUGUACAUGUAACUUUAUUUAUCUUUUACAAAUACAUGUUUGAAUUGUGUUCAGAUUAAAACUUUGAUAUUAUUAUUACUGUACAUUUUGUACAUGUAGUUCUGAAAUCAUUGCACAUAUUUAUUGAUGCUUUCAUUAUUUGCGUUAAAUAUUAUACAAAUGUUGAAAUAGGGCUGUUGAACAGAGGUUUCAAUGUUAAUUAAUGUGAUGGUCACCCUGUCCAUUAAUCCGGUGGAUAAGAACAUCACAAAAUUUCUGAAUUUAUAGAAGCACUAUUUUUUCAGACAACAUACAGUGGCGGACUCAGAACUUUUUAUAAGAGGGGGUGGGGUGAAGCUGAUGCACUGACUGACCCAAGGGGCUCCAGUCAUACUUCAGUAAUAUCCAAUUUUUCCAAUGAAACUUUAAAAGGGGGGGCUGAUUCCGCCUUCGACAUAUAUGUAUUAUAUGACCACGAGGACAGAACCUUUUUUUCACAUUUUUUAAAAACGAAAGUCAUGUUUUAGAAUGGCUGAUACCGUAUGCCUGUCUGAAUAUUUGUUAAAGACCGACAUUGGCUUCCAGUGGAAUUACAUGUAUCAAUGUUCAUAUCAGGAAGUUUAUUGUAAUUAUCUUCCAGUGUAGAAAAUCACUAAAGUUUUGAGCAUUUAUAUUAAUGUUUGGUUAAAAGUAUUCAAAGAAUAUUGUACAUGUUGUUAUUAUUGUUGCAUACAUUAACAAAGUGUUCAAAAGUCUAUUUUCACUACUUGUAAAAUGCCUUUAGAAAUUGUGAUGUCAAAUAUAUUGUAGAUUAGUUGAUGUUAAAGUAAUGCAUUGGUCAUGUUGAUAGUUAAUAUCAACUAGUAUUGAUAUACAGGCCUAGGUGAUAAAUUAUUUUUUUGCCAUCUCUCUUACCCCCCGGAACAUAAGGGAAUCUCAUGUAAAUCUUUUCCUCCAUGAAUUUUCUUACACACUGGUACUUUUUGGAAUAGAAAUCGUAAUUACUGCAAUUUCAACUGUUUGAAAAGUCAUCAAAGAGACAGUUCUAAAAAAAAGAUAACAUGUUUGAAAUUAUUAUCCAGGUUUAUGAACAAUUCUUUCAUUAAGAAAAUUUACGCCAGUAUUCACAAGUUUAUACUUUUUAUUUUGAUUACUUAAUCAAAGCGUUUUAACUGAUGUAUAAUAAAAAGAGACGUCUAAAAGCGCUUUUAUGGAGAAAACAGUUAAUACUUGUUUCCGCCCUGAAGCUCCCAAGAUCAUGUUGAUACUUAGAUCAUUUAGAUAAUACCAUGUAAAUAUUUCAAUUUACCAUUCCAAUUCAUUGUUAUUUUACUUUUUUUUUUAAUGUUUUUUGAAUUUGUUUAUCUUGAAUGAUGUAUUAUGACGUCUAUAUUGCUCAUUUAUAAAAACUGUCUACUUUUUAUGUGGUAAAAUCUUUUUCAAUUACUUAUCAUAAACGUUGUCCUAAGAAUGUAAGAAGACCAUUUAUAUCAAAUAUUGAUCAUAUGAAUUUUUUUUUAGAUUUAUGUACAUUGUAUACCCUUUAAUUUAUAUGAUCUUAAAAGAUCAUAAAAUUUCAUAACUAAUGUUUUUAAUAUUAUGCUUUGUAGAAAUAAAUGUACUGUGUAAGGCUGAACAAAUACACUAGUAAUCACAACUUCAUAUGAACAUGAUGAAAACUAUAUUUAGAUAUAUUUCGCAAAGAAUGUCAAUGAGUGACACACAUUUCCAAAAAGAAACUAUAAAUUUCUUUUCAUUCCAAAAUUUUAGUUUGACAAGAUUUUAGAAUAAAAUAAUAUAGAUAAUUUGGAAAAUAAAUUUCCUUUGAGAUGAAGACUUUUAAUCAUUGUUAUUAAAUUAGAUUUUAAGUGUGACCAUAACUUUUUCAGGAAAAUUGUUUGGGAUGAUUAAAAUAUUCAUAUGAUACAUGUUAUGCGAUAACAGACUUAAUUCAGUCAUAAGUUAUCUAUUUGACUUUUUGGGUGUAUAUAUAUAAAGCAACUUCAAACUGUAAGAAUACAAUACAACUUAUCGCUAAGCCCGGCUGACCCGGCCGCUUGAACUUUUGGACUCAAACAACAAUCACUUCUCCAUUUUGGCGUCAGAUAUUUUGCUUUAUGACGUCAAAAUUUUACAGGAACCUGUUUGAUGUCCAAUAAUGGCGGUCAAAUAGCGAUAAGGUGUAUGGUAUAAGUGAUAAUAGGAUAAUUCCGUUCACAUAAGCAAAAUCCAUUAACUCAUUUUUGUAACACACAAUUUCAUCAUAUUAACAUCUCAAGAUAUAUAUAUAUUUUGGCUGUAAAACUGCCGAAGCUAUUUAUUUGUCAGGUCUUGUCUAUGAUUUCAUACAAAUGUUCAUUCUAUUACAAUGUAUUGUAAAAAUCCCACCUUUCAAGCAUAUAUGUGAUUCUUUUCUUAAAGCAUUGUUUUGUAAUAAUAAUGUAUACAUGCAUAAACAGUGAGCAAAGUUUCAAAAGGGCAAUAAUACAAAUAAUGUUAAGAAACAAGAAAUUUAAUGUUAACACAAAUGUAGGAUUUUUUCAUGUUUAAGAACACAAUGUUCAAAGAAAGUAAAGACAGUAAAAUAGAGAAUAAAAAUGGGGAAUUGUGUUGUAAUUUUGCACUUUGACCUCAGAGUUUUUGUACAUUUGCAUUUGUUUUAAUUUGAAUACAAUAUUUCAAAUUAGUUUUAAUUUGAAUACAACAUUUCAAAUUGAAUUGUUUUUAAGAUUCACUUUUGGUGCAAAAUAUUUGAUGUUUAAAAUAUUUUCUACAUUAGAGCAAAUUUAUAAAAAAAACUUUUUUAUUUUUGACAAUUUUAAAAAGACAAUGUUUUAAAUAAUAUUCAAACUGCUUGUUUCCAACUAGUAAUAAGAUAUUUAUUGCUAUUUAUUAAUCUUUACAAUGUAAACUAUAUGUGAUCAUGUGAAUUUGUAUUUAUUUUGAAUUGUUAUAAGAGAGACUUAUAAAACUAUUGCAUAGUAAGGUAUACUUUUUACACAGCAAUUUUGUUAUUGUUUGUAAGUUUGAUAUGUUAAUAGUCUAUUUCUGUACUUAAGGUGCUGUGCAUUUUUUGUUUCUCAUUUUGCAUUCCAAAUGCAGAAGAUCAUGCAUUUGAAUAAAACAAGUUUAAACUUAAGCACAUGUUAAAAUUGA